AUGUCACUGGAGGCAAUCGAGAGCGCCGGUGUCUCGACGACGUUCAACAGCAACAGACAGGGCGCUCCGGACCUCCGCCUCCUACACUACAACGAUGUCUACCAUGUAGAGUCUUCAUCGUCAGAGCCCUGCGGCGGCGCCCCGCGAUUCCAGACCCUGGUCAACUACUAUCGAUCAGAUCCCAAGUUCGCCGAGCAGCCCUCACUGCUGACAUUUUUCUCGGGAGAUGCCUUUAACCCGAGCCUCGAGAGCACCAUUACAAAGGGUCAGCAUAUGGUUCCGUUCCUUAACAAUGUGGGAACGGAUGCAGCUUGUGUCGGCAACCACGACCUGGACUUCGGAAUUGCACAGUUCAGGCAUCUGAGGGGCCAAUGCAAGUUCCCGUGGCUACUCGCUAAUGUGCUUGACCCUGCUCUGGGUGAAGGCGUGCCAAUGGCCAACUGCCAGAAGACAUGCAUGCUGGUCUCGUCUAGCGGAAUAAAGGUCGGUGUCAUCGGCUUGGGGGAAAGGGAGUGGCUUGCGACAAUCAACUACCUGCCCCCAAAUCUUAUAUAUAAGUCUGCAUCGGAAACCGCAAAGGAGCUGGUCCCGGGCCUACGCGAACAGGGAGCAGAGAUAAUUAUCGCCAUCACCCAUCAGCGGGAACCGAAUGAUAAUAAACUUGCAGAGAAAAUACCUCCGGGUCUAAUUGAUAUCAUCUUAGGCGGUCAUGAUCAUUAUUAUAGCCACAGCCUUAUCAAUUCAACCCACGUCUUACGUUCGGGGACUGAUUUUAAACAGCUAAGCUACAUUGAAGCCUGGAGGAAGGCAUCCGGCUCAGGCUGGGAUUUUACCAUCACUCGACGCGACAUCACACGUGAACUUCCUAAACAUCCCGAGACCGUCAAGCUUGUAGACAAGCUCACGUCGGCGCUUAAAGGGAAACUGCAAAAGCCGAUCGGAUAUACAGUGACUCCGUUGGAUGGAAGGUUCACCACCGUCCGUACCCAGGAAUCCAACCUCGGAAAUUUCGUAUGUGAUUUGAUGCGGUGCUAUCACGAUGCUGAUUGUGCAAUCAUGGCUUCUGGGACGAUUCGGGGGGAUCAAAUCUACCCGCCCGGGAUACUACGGUUGAAAGACAUACUUAACUGUUUCCCUUUCGAGGAUCCGGUUGUGGUUCUCCGGAUUACGGGUAAGGCUCUUCGAUUAGCAUUGGAAAAUGGUGUCAGUGAGCUUCCAGCUCUGGAAGGACGGUUUCCGCAAGUAUCCAACAUCAAAUUUGCGUUCUCAACAGCCAAGGCUCCCGGUUCCCGUGUCCAGUGGGCAAAAGUUAAUGAUGCAGAUAUCGAAGAUGGCAAGCUUUACACCGUAUCUACAAGAGGCUACAUGGCGAGAGGAAAAGAUGGAUUCACCUCCCUGCUUGUCAAGAGUGAGGGCGGCGAGGCAGAAGAAAUCGUAUCCGAAGAGGAUGGCCUCCUCAUCAGUACGAUACUCCGACAGUACUUCCUGAGUACUAAGAUCCUUGGGAAAUGGAACCGGCUUAGCCGUAGCCUGAAUAGACACUGGGUGAACGUUCACGAGAAGCUCAAAUCUGAGGAGCUCAGCCCUCCACCUAGUAACAAUAACUCGGUCGUGGACCUCCCGCCUGACUCGGGCUUUCGCUAUGUCUCUCAACAGCGGAUUGGAUUAGCCACUAACCCUGUAGCUGCGGCCGCUUUUAUGAACCAACAAUCCGGCACUGCAUCGCCUCGUCGGAGUGACGUUGACACGCCUCUAGACUCAGAAUCUGACUCUCAUUCAGAAUUCCUCUGUCGGCCCCGAAAUUACGUUACGACCGGUGCCGUAUCCCAAGAUGAUGCCGAUCAUAAAGAAUCGCUGGCUCGAAACGUUCUUCGGAGAUGGAGAAAAAAGAUUGGGGUUGAUGCAAGAAGAGUCAAGACCGUUGAACAAGGUGCUAUCGAGCGUCUGCCUCGAUGGACUCGUGCUAUUGCCCCGGUGAUAGACGGUAGGAUCAUAUGCAUCGAAUAA